CAUUGGGUUCCCAAACCAGAAUUGGUCCAUCUGUUGGAGCAUGGGCAGGAACCAUGGACCCUGAAGAGAGGCCUUUCACAUAGCACCUGUGCAGGAGAGCCACAACAUCAGACCCGAAAGCCAACCACUUUUCUGUCUGUCACAUCUGAGGGAGGCUUGCUCCGGGGAAGCCUGACUCAGGGAUCUUCAAGGGACUCCAAGUUGGGGCAACCUAGGGAUCAGGAAGGGCUUCUGGAAAUGCAGAAAAAGCCCGGGACAGGCUCUAGUCAGGAGACUGGUCCUGAGGAAAUGAGCCUUGAAGAUGGUGCUUUGAAGACAGCUGGUAAUCUGCACUCCAGAGUGCUACAGGAGCCAGUCUUUCCAGGUGUUUUCCAUGAACGUGACUCUCGGAAACCAAGGAGAGACAUCUUGGUUCAUGCAGAGGUGAACCCCUACAAAUGCAAGCAGUGCGGCAAGGGUUUUAACAGGAAGUGGUAUCUUGUUCGACAUCAGCGAGUUCACACUGGGAUGAAGCCCUAUGAGUGCAAUGCGUGUGGGAAAGCCUUUAGCCAGAGCUCAACCCUCAUUCGCCAUUACCUCAUUCACACAGGAGAGAAACCGUACAAGUGUGUUGAGUGUGGGAAGGCCUUCAAACGCAGGUCGUACCUUGUACAGCACCAUCCAGUGCACACUGGGGAGAAGCCUUAUGAGUGCACUCAGUGUCGAAAGGCCUUCACGCACCGCUCGACUUUUAUUCGCCAUAAUAGGACCCACUCUGGAGAAAAACCCUUUGAGUGCCAAGAAUGUGAGAAAGCGUUUAGCAAUAGAGCACACCUAAUUCAGCACUAUAUCAUCCACACUGGAGAGAAGCCCUAUGACUGUGUGGAAUGUGGAAAAGCCUUCCGAUGCAGCUCAGAACUCAUGCAGCACCAGCGGAUUCACACGGGGGAGAAGCCCUAUGAAUGCACCCAGUGUGGGAAAGCCUUUCACCGAAGCACAUACCUCAUUCAGCACUCUGUCAUCCAUACCGGAGAGAUGCCGUACAAGUGCAUCAAGUGUGGGAAGGCCUUCAAACGCAGGUCCCACCUCCUGCAGCACCAGCGGGUCCAUACUGAGAAACGGCAGUGCAUAGAAUCUAGAAAGGCCUUCACACACUGCCCCACAUCUGUCAGAGUGGGAGAAAAUGCAUUGAGUGCAAAAGGUGUUGGGAAAUUUGUUUCUUGGUUUUUGUUUUUAAGCUAAACACCCAUGCAGUCACCUUGGAGAGAAAUCCUCCAAGCGAGAUAGAUACAGUGAGAUAGAACCAGCAGCUGCAGCUUGGUCCUCACUUGCGGAAGUCAGGAAAGGUGUUUUGUGGUUCACCAGUGGUUCUCCCUCUGUCACCGUUAGAGAGAUCGUGCUGGGGAAAGAGACCCUGGGCAUAACUACUAAGGAUGGGCGUUAGUCAAAAGGAAAGUGUUGCUAUCUGAGUGUUUGGUGAUUGUCAUUGCUUUAAGAAAACUGUGGUAGGCUAUCAGUUACUUACCGUGGAAAAGGUCAUACUAGAAGUUGACUCACUUUGAGAUUUGCUCUAUUAGCCAUCUCAGUGUUAUUUUUUUUUUUUUUUAAAGGAAAAGAGGGUGGAAACAAGCUAUACAAGAAAAAUGUGUCCUUAA